CACGAUCGUCUCUGAUUCGUGGAUAUCAGUCAUGUGAUCGCUUAGGUAGAGAUUGCGGUCGAUUGAAUCAGUUCUCUCUAUCCUUCCCUCCGCUUCAUUUUGUAAUGCAUGAAACGAUAAGAUCGACCGUCAAUUGCUUCAAUCAGUGCGUUAUAAAUUUCUAAUAUUUUAUUUGGCUCGACAAAACACGAGUAUACUCACCGCGAGAUGAGAAGAGUCCGUGGGUAAAAGUUUUGACUUACGUAUGCAUCGCGCGAAACACGUCACAACACGAACCGAGGGAAACAAUCAUGGCGAACGCGCGAUACGGGCCGACGUUCCUUGCUCGCGAUCGCGGAGUGGAGGAAAAGUGGUGGAUCAUCCUCGCGGAAGUAGUCGCGUAUGUGCUCGAGAUGGAUGUUGGCAUCCACCGAACUCGGACAAUGUCUCAGAAUCGUCGCGCGAAAGCUGGUAAGCGCUAAUCCACCGACUAAUGCGUAACGGUCGAUCGCCGUUUGGUAAUCGGAGCCGGUCAUCAUGGCGCGCGCGAGCCGGUGAGAAUUGCGUACGAAAUGGAUUGUGUACAUACACUCGGAGUUGUCGCGACUUGUACUUCCUUCGAGCUUUUGUGGUAUGUAUUCGUCGUCAGAGCUCGCGAACCGCGCGACAUUGUCAUUGAAGGCAGCAUUGUCAUUGAAAAGACGCACUACUUUGCGCGAAAGUCGCGACGUUCAAUCGGGCGUUCCUUGUUUUUCGAAUAAUCUGACUCGGUUACACACACACACACACACACACACAUACGAAGUGCAUAUCCGCGUAUGCUACCCCCUGCAGGAAGACCGCUCCGUGCGGCCCUGGGGCCACGACACCGCCUAUUCGCGUGAGGCACGGUAUAUACACUCGUACUCGACACUCUACACACACACACACAAACACACACACGCACGAGCCUACUCACACUAGACUCGGCGUUCUCUCCCCCCUCCGCGCGUCGCCGCGAGCCGUUGACACGGCGCGUAGUACCGCACGCCGCCAGUGGGCGGCGCAACGCGACACUAUCAGUCGAGCUCUUGCCGUGGCGCCAUCGUGUUGCGCCGCCGAAGCGCCGAAUUGAGUCAAGUCCGUGCGGCAGGCCACAGUUCGCUCUUCGCAGCUCACCGUGACACUGCUGUGAGUCAGACGUUGCCUGUGUCGUGCUCCGCGUGUCGUGUGUAUUACUAGCGCGGCCGUGAUCUAAACGUCGUAAGAUCUAAACGCGAGCUCGCCGACGUGGUAAAACAAACGCGCGAGUGCCGGACAGUGAGUGAAGGAUAUAAGAAAAUAACAAACACACAAGUGUUGCCGAAGGCAGGCAGGAAGGCAGGCAGGAAGGCAGGCAGGCAGGAAGGCAGGCAGGCAGAAAGGAAGGCAGGCAGGAAGGAAAGAAAGAAAGAAGAAAGGAAGGAAGGAAGGAAGGAAGGAAGGUGCGCUCCGAAUAUCGUUCUCAUUUCGGCGCGUAGACGACGUGCGUGAAACCGCGCGCGCGCGCGUGCGAACUCGGAGCGAACGAGCGCGCGACACAUGAGUAGGAGUUCUCGCGGCGAGAGUUCGGACGAAGAGGAGAAGCAGGCAGUACCUAGCACCGGCAGCCUCCAGCGAGGAAUGCAGUUUUGGGAUUGUCGCCUGCGGCCGCGGCCGGCCGCCACGCUCCGAGACAUGACGCGAUGAUCGUCGAGGCACCCGGUGCAUCCGCCCUGACUACACCACGCCGCCGUCGUCGCCGUCGCCGUCGUCGCCGCCGCCGCCGCCGUCACCGUCACCGUUCGUCUCUCGUCCUCCGCCCGUCUCCUCUCUCUCUCUCUCCUCUCCGUCUCUCUUCUCUCUCUCUAUCUCUUUCUAGCCCCUCUCCCCCUCUCUCUCUCUCUCUUUCUUACCGUCGUCGCGCGCGCGUGUGUACGUGCACCGCCCGUAGCGGUACGCAGCACGAUCUCCGCGAGUGCGACGGAUAAGUUUUCGCCGUAAACGCGCCAGCCGGGAUUCGGAAUGGGUGAAGUGCACGGGCUACUUGUUAGUGACCUCGGCCAGAAGGAGGAUACCGUCGGAGACGACGUCGGGACAUCGGCAGCCGUCGGCAUGGUUCACGAGUUGAAGAGCCAUCGGCAAAAUCACGAGUCACUGGCGCAUCGACGACGCAGCGCCGAGGCCCCGCUUCCUUCGACAAAGCGUCACCGAGGCAUCGCCAAGCGGUCCAAGUUGAACUCCAACGCGUCCGCAGUGCAUUCGAGCGAUCGACGAAGGAGAAAUGGCACUCAAGUGGAAACUCGCGAAACGUCACGGCGCAGCUUCACCGUCAGCAGCAUCCUCCACCUGUUCGUGCUGGUCAGACUCUUCGCCCUCGGCACAGCCGACGCUCGAACUUUCUGUCCCACCGGCUGUACCUGCGACGACGACACCUUGGUGGUCUCCUGCGUAGGCGCCAACCUUGACGUUAUACCAAUCGCGUUGAAUCCCAGCAUCCAGCGAAUAGUGCUGAAAGAAAAUCGCAUCAAGACCGUGGACGCGGCGGCGUUCCAGUUCUACGGUGAUCUGAAGAACGUCGAUCUCUCCAGCAACCACCUGUUCACCAUACCGAACGGCAGCUUCGACGCGCAACGGCACCUGGUGGAGCUCCACCUCAAGCACAACAAAAUCUCAGCACUGACUGAGAAAACGUUCCAGGGCCUCAAGUCCCUCACGGUGCUGAAUCUGCGCGACAACUAUCUGGAGACGCUUAAGAGCGGCCUCUUCGCCUACCUGUCGAAGCUCGAGGAGCUCGACCUGGGCCAGAAUCGCAUAUCCAAGGUGGACCCGGGCGCGUUUCAAAAGUUAGGCACCCUCAGGGUGUUGUAUCUCGAUGAUAACCAAUUGAGAACCAUACCGUCGCCAGCAUUGGCACCGUUGAACGCCCUCGCGGAACUCCACAUUGGCUGGAAUGCUUUCUCUACGCUACCAGAUGACGCGUUCAAGGGUCUGGAGCAGCUCGCGGUGUUAGAUAUCAUGGGCGCGGGAUUGGACAACAUCAGCGACGGCGCGUUUCGCGGUUUGAACGCUCUCCGCACCCUGAAACUAGGCGCCAACAAGCUGCGCGAGGUGCCUACGAAGCAGCUGGCGGUGUUACCGCGCCUGGAAGAGCUGACCUUGGGUCAGAACUUCUUCACGAUCCUCCGAUCAGGCGCCUUUCAAGGUCUGUCGACGCUCAAGAAGCUCGACGUGUCCGGCGCUAAGUUACUGACCACCAUGGAGAAGGGUGCCUUUUCAGACAACGCUAACCUGGAGACCCUCGUGUUGAACAGCAACAAGCGCUUAUCUACCAUGGAAGACGGCGCGUUGGCAGGUCUGCCGAAUCUCAGGCACUUGAUGCUGCGCGACAACGCCUUCGUAAUGUUCUCGGAGUCGCUGGUCGCAUGGAACGAAUUGCGCCGGCUGGACCUCAGCGAAAACCCGCUGGUCUGCGACUGCAGCCUCCUCUGGCUGGCGGAGGUUCUGGUACCUAGGAACUCCAGCCCGGUGAUAUGCGCCGAGCCGCCCGAAUCCAAGGGUAAGCCCAUAAAGGGCAUGACACCCGACGAACUGGGCUGCGCCUUCUCGGAUCCGCGCAAGCAAGCCCUCCUGGCGACGAUAUGUGCCGCGGGAGUGGCUCUCUUCACGGUACUCGCGCUGACUCUGUACUACCGCUGCCGCAGACGCGUGCGAGACGUGCUCAAGGACUACAAAUGGAAGAAUCGCGCGAUAUCGCGGAAAGAGCACGAGUACCAGAAGACCUUCUCGGACGACGAGUACAUCGUGCGAUCGGCGCACGCCCAUCAUCACCAGCACCAUCAUCAGCCGCAGUCGCAGCAGGUGCCGACGCACCACCAUCACCAUCAUCUGCAGCAGCAGCAGCAGCAGCAACAGCAACAGCAGCACGCGCAGAUAGCGGCGGGCAUCAAGCCGAUACCCGUGACGGAGCUCACCACCCUCGCCGAGGGCUUCACCUACAUCGACGGCGAGACAGCGCGUCAGAUGCGCCGCCCGGGGACGCUGCCCGUCGCAAACAACGCGUCCGGCCACCGCGGUGGCGGCACGGGAGGAGGAGGUGGAGGCGGUGGAGGAGUGGCAGGAGGGGGCAGAGGCGCCGUGGACGACGGUACGGCGUCGUUGAGCGCCACGCCGAUCGACGGACUCGCCGGCGGUGGCAGACCACACUACUCCAAUCAUUCUCUGCGCCGCACGCCGCACUCGCAGCCGCAGCUCACCUCCAGGGAACCCGACGAGCGGAUGCGAGUAGAGUCUGGUCUCCAGAACGGGAUCAUACCGGCCGGUCGCCACCACCCGUCACCGCCACCGUUGCCCUCGAGGCAUCAGCCUUCGUGCGGCCAGUCGUCGUACCCCACGCUGCCAGUGAACGGCCACGCUGCUCAUCACUACCACCAUCACGCGAGAGAACGCGAAAAGGACCGGUCGUCGACGCGCGAGAGAAACCGCGAGCGAGACGUCGGCCCGCCGCCGGUGGCGCAGCAUCGCUCGGACAAGCACAGGGAGCCGCAGCUGGAGAUGGAGCUGCGAGAUAGCCUCGACUUGGGCGGUAUCGGUACGUACCGAGCGUAAACGACGACGACGACGACGACGACGACGACGACGACGACGAGCGCCGACGAACCGGAUGCGUCGCGUUGGGACAAAAGACGGAAGACGGGAUCUGCAUGGAGACGACCGCGCGCGGACUCCUCCGCGCUGUUUCACUUAGCGCGGGACGAGAUCCGUGAGCAAGGAAAUUCGACGGCAGAGCGGAAGACAAAGGCAGCUGAUAGGGUUGCGAGAGCGUAGGGAAGACCAAAGUUCCUGUCGUUGCGAAACACGAGGAAAGAGAAGAGAGGAAUCAGCAAUUCGAGUCGGACGGGAAGGAAGGAAGACCAGAGCGGAACGUCGACGAAGAAUAUCAAGAAGCGAGACCAAACCCGAGUAGCGAGCACGCGGUGUGAUCGCCGUUAUUACCUACCUCGCUGUAAUAGCGCAGUCUGGAAAAUCCAUUCCGCACGGGAUCACUAUCGAGACAGACACCGGCAUUGUCCUGGACCGAGCGUCGUCAUCGACGCGACAACGUCGCGAAUUCAGCCGGAGUUCCCGUAGGGGCUGACUACCCGCGAGGAUACACCCCGAAUGAAGUAGCCGGGACGCGAACGAGUCUCUUUACUCCGGCCGCGCGGAUUACACCCCCACACCUGGGAUAUGCUGCCUUCGAGUUCCUUCAUUCUUUCCCGGCUCUGUGUUCCCGCCGCUGCUCGAUCUCCCUUCGACCCUCACAUUUAAUUUGACAUAUAACGAGAUAACAUCGAGGGCCGAGGGGGGAGAGCACAAAAGACAGCUAUAAGUUCUCCGUCAUGAUUACGCGCACUCUUCAACAGUCCUCAAACGGUACUUAGUAAGUCUUAUUCUCUCGCCGCCGCGACUCCGCGAGAAGGAGAGACAGGGGUGAAACUGGGCCACGUUUUUCGCGUUACCGCGGGGAGUGUCUCUCCCGGAGUAUCGUCGAGGGAAAGAAGAUCGGACGGGAGGACUCUCGUCGGGAUUUUCCUCCACCUUAGCGCGCUGAUUACCGCGAGAUAUCAGCGUUGUCGAGCACGAAUAACGCCGAACGGAAAUCUCUCGCGGGGGCCGCGUGCAGCCAGCCGUGGGAAGAGGCCAAGUUCGGCCCGCGAACGCCGGAAACGACGGGCCAUCGGCCACAUGGAGCCUGUGAUUGUUCCAUGUGAUAUGUAUACAUAGGUACGCGUAGAAACGCUGUGCACGCGCUGUGACCAUUUGAUGAUCGUGCCGAGCUCGAUCGAGAACCGAAGUUCGAUAGCGCAUCGGGUCUACGCCGAAUUACUUUUCGAGAUCAUCCCCGAGAGCGGGAGAGGAGGAAAGGAAAGAACUCAAUGAGUCGCGGUGCUCCAAUCGGCGGGAACGGAAGAGGACGGAACGAGGAGAGACGAGUCGUUAGAAUCCCUAGAUUGUGUUUUAUUCGAGAAGGUGGCCGCGCCGGCGAGAGAAAAGGAGAGGGAGAGCUCGUGUCGCGCCGUGCGAACGUGUAUCAUAAAGCGAGAGGAAGACACCGCACUAAGCAACGUAGGACUGCAGCUAUAUAAAUAUAUACAUACAUAUACAGAUAAAUAUAUAUAUAUAAAUAAAAAAAAGUAUAUAUAUAUAUAUACAUAAAUUAUAUAUUCUAAACGGUCGAAUUAUUUUCUAAAUAAAAACACCAAUGUACAGAGGCACGACGGAGACGGUAUAGUUCAGCUAGUGUCACGCGUCCUCGACUAUCGUAAUUUUAAGGGUACACACACACUUUGGAUCGUCGUCGAGUAUCCGGGUAUCCGCGUACCGGAAGAGAGCGCAAGGAGAUGACAGAAGGGAAGAGGAGGAUGAAAAAGAGAGCGGAAGGUACGCGGGUAGCCCGCGUGCGAUACGAUCGCCGAGAGAUCGCGGGGUGAAGAAAUUAUCAAAAUAUCGGUUAGGAUAUAAGGACGCGACCGUUUUUCUUUCCUUUUUUCUACUCGGUGUGUAAAAUUAUUGUUAGGGGGUUAUAAUCUUGAGAAGGUUUUUCCGCGGUUGUAGGGAACCGCGCGGGUUUCCGAACGCGAAUGUCGUCGUCCAUUUUUCUCGAGCGAAGAUGGGUGUCCUUCCGGACGAGUGAAUGCCGGAGAAUUCUCGCGAGUGACAACGGUAAACAUCAACGGGUGUAUUUAAUAGGCGGGUGACUUGCAAAUUUUUUCAUAUUCCAGUCACGUUAUUCGAGAAAUUUCGUCUUGUUUUAGAUAUGGACGCGAUAUGAGAGUUCGGCUCGUAUUAGCUUUUACCUCCGUACCCCGCUAUCAACUUAACGUUCAAUUCCUCCCGCAGUUUUCCCGAUAUCAAAUUUUAUUUCGAGGAGCAGCUCUCACGUAGAACGUCGACAGCCGCGAAACACCUUCGUGUGCACGAUGGAAUCGAAAGAGAGAGAAAGGAAGAGAUAUAGAUAGAUAGAUACAUAGAGAGAGAGAGAGAGAAAAAGAGAAAGAAAGAAAGCGCGGUCGAUCCAUCUUUUACCAACGUGUCGACAUUUGAACCUGCGACUGCCGAACUGUCUUGCGGCAUGACACACCAAAUUUCAGUCGCGAUUCGCGCUGUGUUAGGGAGAAUUCACAUCCUGGCAGAAAAGCAGAAAGACAGAUCGGAACUCGCACGCUGGUGGUCAGACGGUAGUCGACAGUUUCUGCUUUUCCACCAGCGCGCGAGUUCUGAUCGCCUUCUGCCUCUCUGCCAAGGUGCGAAUUGUCCUUUAUGGACAGCGUUUCAAUCGCCGUUGGAACGCGGGUGCGGGUGCACAUGCAUACACACGCGCGCCAUGUGAGUGACUCUUUCGCAGGGUGGUCACUUUUACUCUCGAUGUCACGCGCGAGGCAAUUCCCGCGCGUCGAAAAUGCCGCGCUGCCUGAUAAAUCGCGGUCGCAUUAAAAUGCACGGGGCGCGGCCGAGUUUAAGUUAGUUCCUCGACCGACGUAAUGGCCACGACGGUGGAGACGAGACGGCGAGAGGAGCGAGAAGAGAAAAGGGCGAAGAAGCGAGAGAGAAGGCGAGAGAGAGAGAGAGAGAGAGAGAGAGAGAGAGAGAGAAAGAGAGAGAGAGAGCCACGGCGAAGAUGUACUUUACGGAACGAGAUUAUUUUUCCGCCCGAGUGUACCCAGUGGAAUUCCACGGUCACCCGGCCCCUGAGAAAGGUGACUGCACCUUGAAUCGACUCUGACGGCGCGGCGGCGGCGCGGUGCAGCGCUCACCUCGCUCACCCGCUGUUGGGCGUGGAGAGAGAGUAGCGGAAUUUCAGCUUCGGUAGAAUCUGCAACGGCGCGAGAUUAGGCGACGACGCGGGGCGGAAAUCGGGCGGAAAUUGAGUACGCUUAGUAUUUGCACGGAUGUGUUGAUUUGCACUCUGGCAGUGCUCUCUCUAUCUCUCUCUCUUCUCUCUGCCUCUCUCUCUCUCUCUCUCUCUCUCUCUCUCUCUCUCUCUCUGUCAGAAAUAUCGCGAUUACUUCCGGCAGAUUCUUGCCCUCUUUCGUUCUUGGCCGACUUUCCGUUGGCGUCGCUUUAUCGGCGUCGGUUACGCCGAGUCACGAAGACGCUUAAUUUCGAAAGGCAAAGAAUCAUGGCGAACUUAAUUUCCAAAGUGUCGCCUCUCUUCGCGCGCGCACUCUUGGAAAGCCGAAGGAGUAAAUUCCGCCAGAUAACGCUCCGUCUCGCGAUGCAGCGAUAGCGAGCACACCGCUAGGAGCGCAUGAUUUAUCGGGCGGAAUUACGGAUGCAUCGAAUGGCGAGGAAACGGACACGCCGGGAGUGAAAGUUACUAUCGAUAAUGGAGCGCACCGCCGCCGCCGUCGCCGUCGCCGAGGUGCUGCCGAGAGAAGAUAUAUAUCGCGGGGCUCUCUUAUUUUUAGAUAUAUAACGCGCAGAGAAUUUUCCCUUCUUCUCUCUCGCGAGCGCGCUCGCGUGCGCCCAAGGACACCCAUCUUCGCUCGUAAAACCCUUUCCACCCCGUUGACGCCAUUUGGCAUCGGAGACUUUAUUAUUUGAUACGCGACGCGACGUGUCUGUCGAGCGGAGCGAGAUUUACAGCAUUUCGAAUACGUUCGUCUCCGAGGUAGGAUUAAAUGUGUAUAUCGUUACUUAUCACAAUUUACUUAAUAGACCGAGUCGCGAGCAAAGAGAGAUGCGAUAUAUAUAUAUAUAUAUAUAUAUAUAUAUAUAUAUAUAUAUAUAUAUAUCCUUGUACCGAGAGAAUAAAAUAGAAAAGAAAAACGACUUGGCUACGCCGAGGAUUGAGAUCCGCGGGCGACUUCAGGUGAUCCUUGAUAGGAGAAAGGAGAGAAUAUGUGUUUGUGAUCGUGAUUUCUCUUGCAACUUAAGUUUCCGACACAUCAGUACAAUCUACGCGCCUGAACGUCGUUCGCGCGACCACGAGAGAAAAAUUAACAAUUGUAGACGGGACUCGUUGAUUAAAAUCAACAGAGCGUACGCGCGACGCGAGAUGUUUCGAUUCGUUCUCUGAUUUUUUUAAUCGAAGAAUCACACACACACACACGUUGCGCGUACGCUCGGAAAUAAACUGGAUCGCGUUUACUUUUCUCUCUCUUCCGCGCCGAGAGCGGAGAAUUAUUAUCUCGAGGAAGAGCACAAACGAGAAUUGAAAAUGCGGGUAGUUCAGGGAUAUUUUGCGGAGACACGUGGGAGACCUCGGCAUUUUUAUGACUCAGCGGCUUCGUGCUACAUAUGCAGACACCUGAAACGACAACUGUGUGUAUCGAAAGCCAAUACAUCCGGCGAUCAGUUUGCGAACAAAAUUCAUAUUAUAUGAGCUUCGUUUCUAGUGAUUUUAUCUCAGUGAAAGGCACGUGAAUAAAUUAUCCGCGCGAUAGAAUUGGAACAUAUCAUAAUAUCCUCAGUGGCUAUAAGAAACGAGUUUGAUAAGAAAAUGUUGCAAAAAAAAACUUACAUUAAGACAUAAAAAAAUGUCGCUGUGAAAAGCGAAAGAUAGAUGUUCAUCUCUGCGUAUGUAUCUUAUAUUACAAACUUAACUAGAGUCAUUUUUGCAAUUUCUGAAUCUCUACGAACGCAUGUCGAGAUCUCCCUCGAUUUAAUGACAAGGCAGCAAUUAAUUAAACUUUUCUUUUUAUGAAUGCCUAUGUUCUCUGAUUUUCACUGUCCUAUAUAACUAAUCCUCAUAACAUGCUAUAUGUACGUUACUUGAUACAAGUUUUAUUCUGAUUUUAAGAAAGGAAAAUCUUUUCUCUUUUUGUUCUUUGGGACACUGAGAAAGAAUAAAAAUUGCAAGAUAUUAAUUCUUGCAAGUACAAUUGCUCGAAAAAGAGAGUCUAAACUACACUAAGAAAAAAUAUUUUAAUAUUUAUUUAUAGGAUAUGAAGUUUACUCAAGGAAAUAAACUUUAUUUCACAGAAACAAGUCUUAUAUCACACAAAUAAAUUUUCAAGUAUUUUUUCUUGGCGUGAAAUAUCGAGAGUUAAGAAAAAAAAUCAAAAUGCCGAUUUUGAUUAAUGAAACGUUAAAAUAUCAAUAGUUUAACCCGAAACUAUUAUUUUUGUAUACGGAGAAAAUAUUGUAGUAAAAGUCACGUUAAAAUUAUAUUUCCUUUUAUAGUUUUUUAUAAAGCUAAACUACACUGAUUAAUUUAUAUGUAUAAUAUAAAUUACUAUAAAAAUGGUAAAGACGAUCUACCGAUAUCAUACGAUAUAAAAAAUACUCAAGUAAUUACAACAAUUUUGUAGUAAAAAGUCAGACGUGUAUAUUUAAUUUUGGUUAUAAUUUUGUGUGAUCUCAUCACAAAAAGUUGGGGAGAGGGGUUGUAAUUUUUACUACAUUAUUUUCUCCGUGUAUGUCGAAAUAUCCCUAAAUUACCCAACACUCAUAUAAGUGCAAUUUUCCCAGUUCGCCUUAAAUCUCAUCUUCAAAUAACCCGAUCAAAGCUCUCGUGCGAGAAACUGUCCGAUAACCGAUCGUUACAUGUCGAUGGCGUUUUCUCAAGUCGUUGGUUUUCCAAACAUUCCACGCUGCGACGCGCUCUAAGAAGGCGAGCGACUCACAUUGCUCAGACGUAUUAUGUCGAUAAUAACCCGGAUAUUCACAAGAAAUAUCCAUUGAUACGAGCGAUUCUUAAGGAUAGUAAGUUUGGCGCAAAAUAUCAAAGCACGAUCAAUCUGUCUUGUUUUUUUUUUUUUUUGCGGUGAGCGAGGUGUGAGCGCGAACGUCACCCGAGGAUAUCCCAGGAGAGAGAUUCACGACAUUAUUUCCGCUCAACUCUUGACUGCCACGAAGAAGAGCCAAGAUUUUUUACCGUUCUUCGCAUUGUCGCUAGACGUAACGUCGCGACACGAUUCAUAAUUUUAUACCGUGUUCUUAUCAAGCAAGCAGUUUCGAAUAUUUUUACAGGCGUG